AUGACGUCGGACCCCACGCUUCCCCUCAACCUGAAGCCAGGGGAGAAGGACCCUCAAAUCCAACAACAUAUCAACUGGGAGUACUUGGCUCUCUCGGCACGCGCACGAUAUUUGAACCAUAUCAUUUUCUGCCUUGAGGGCUUCAGCAUUACCAUGAGCCAAGGCCGCGAUGUGCCUAGGGAGUUAGAGGGCAGCGACAGCCCCCAGGCACCACCCCGAGAAAGAAACGAGCCAGCCGAGCCCUGGAACCAAAGACCCCAGAAUAUCCAAUGGAAGCCCGCGUCGCGGAGUACCGAAGAGACACUAGCUGAAGGACUCUCCAACGAGGAUCUAUGGAUGCUGAUCCGGCGAUUUAACAAGCAAAUAUACCAUGUGAAAGCCGUCCAUGACGCGACCAGUCAAACUCUCGAUUUGAAUCGAGCAAAGGACGAGCAGUUUCCACCUGAGAAGCUGCGCAUGACGAUUGAGCGAUUCUACACGUCUGUUAUUGUGGGUCUGACGGAGCUCUUUCGACAUGUUGGGCGACUGCGAUCGUGGAAAGACCCGGCUCGGACGUCGACUUUUACUAUUGUCUACUUUGCUUCAUGGCACUUGAACCUACUCAUCCCUACGAUGUUGAGCGUCUUGAUAGCGUUAAUAAUGUUUCCACCCAUCCGACCGAUUCUGUUUCCUGUUGCUCUAGCAAUCAAGGACCUAGAGACAUUCAAUGGUAAAGCAUCCAACAUUGGACAGCCUGAAUCCCAGGAUAGUCUUACUGGAGCACCGGAAACCCACAAAGGCGAGGCGGCCGAACAGGAGGCCAAGAACAUGAUUGACAGUGUCGCGACCAUUGCUGUGGAAAGUGCUGCAGGGAGGUAUGGUCAAGCUGUACCUGAAGAUUUGGAUGAAGUGCCCACGGCGUCUGAAGCAAUUGACUUAGGGAAACUGUCCGAAAACGCAAAAGCUGGUGACUCGUCUGAAGAUGAGACGAAAAAGCCAGUAAAGAAUAAAGUGUCGCGCGGAACUGAUAAAGCUAUGCGUGUCAUCAGUGAUAUCACAGACAUAUACGAAAAAUUUGCAAAUCUUCUUUCGCCCACUCCACCAUUUUUUCUAGUCACAUCACGCUUGCGUAUAUCAGGCAUCUUGAGCUUUAUUUGCUUGACACUCCCUUUUACGUCGAGCUAUUGGAUUAACAAGGCUAUUGGAUUUACCAUCGGGAUCGGUUUCUUUGGCGACCCACUCUUCGCAUACGGAGCAGAUCUAUUGACUCAGAAAAUUCCAGACUGGAAAAGCCAUCUGGACAUCCAAAAGACACUGUUGGAGGGUGUCCCCACGAAUGCGCAGCUCACACUGACCCUAUUCCGAAUCGGGGAGAUCAAUUCGUCUCCAUUACCACCACCGCCGAAUUCUGGAGACAAUGAACCAUCGUGGCCUAUACCCCGCAAGAAGUCCAAAGCCACUGUUUCCACCCAAGCUAGCGAGCGAGACCUUUCACUUAACGCCCCAACACAGAAUAUCCAUGAACCUCUUCCGGAAGUUAAGCCAAAGCGAAGAUGGGUGUUCAAGGUACUUAGAUUUGUGCGUCGCACCAUCGCAACGGCAAUUCGCGGCCACAUCGCAUUUGACCGCGCUAUGGCGAUUGCAGGCUCAGCCCAUACAAAGCACCUGAUCGGAAUGCUACAAAAGAGAGGUCUUGUCUCGACGCCAUUCGGACCUCUCAAGUUCGAUGCAAAGUUCGAAAAGAAGAGAGGCGCAGCAGUGAUUGACUCAACAAAGGAGCCACCAAUCCUAUACUUCACGACUUACCAGUCAGCCGGACUUGAUGAUUUACGCGUUGAAAGUCGCAAGAAAAAUUCUGUUCUGUUCCAGAUUCCUGUUACCGACAUCCAGGAGUUGAAGAAGACCGAGGGGCUGGGAUGGAAGGGAAAAUUGAUUGUGGAGUUGACGGCCGGCAGUAAAGAGGCAGCCGAUGGACUGGUGAUCGUUGGGAAAGAGGAAGGGCAGACGUUCCACCUCACCGGGAUGAGAUCGCGGAACCAGUUGUUCAACCGGCUAAUUGCUAUUGAUGCGCAGUUUUGGGAGAGUCGAUGA